AUGCCUCGCAGGAGGCGCGGGAGCCGGGUGAGUGCCCUGGAGGGCGGCCGGGAGCAAGAGGCGUCCCGGGAGGCGGCGGUUGUGCCCUCGUCGCGGGUAACUUCGCCACGGCAGACCGAGGCAGCGGAGCAGACUUUGCUCCGAGGCAUCUUCGAGAUUGGAAGGGGUAGCUGCGACGUGGUGCUGAGCGAGCGGGCCUUGAGGUGGCGGCCCAUUCAGCCGGAGCGCCUGACCGGUGAUUCCAAUUAUGACAUGCUAUGUAAAGAAGAAAUGAUUGAACUCAAAGAUAUUUUCUCUGUGAAACUGAAACGGCGUUGUUCUGUUAAACAGCAAGGAAGUGGCACCCUAUUAGGUAUCACACUUUUCAUCUGCUUAAAAAGGGAACAAAAUAAAUUGAAGGAUUCUACGGUUGAUCUUAUUAAUUUAAGUGAAGAUCACUGUGACAUAUGGUUUCGACAAUUCAGGAAAAUUUUGGCAGGUUUUUCAAACAGACCAAAGUCAUUAAAAAUACUCCUUAACCCUCAAAGUCACAAAAAAGAAGCGAUACAGGUCUACCAUGAGAAGGUUGAACCACUGCUGAAGCUUGCAGAAAUAAAAACUGAUGUAACGAUAACAGAAUAUGAAGGACAUGCUGUAUCACUGAUUAAGGAAUGUGAGCUCCAGGGAUUUGACGGUGUUGUCUGUGUUGGUGGAGAUGGAUCUGCUAGUGAAGUAGCCCAUGCUUUGCUUCUUAGAGCCCAGAAGAAUGCAGGGAUGGAAACAGAUGGAAUCCUAACUCCUGUCAGAGCACAGCUUCCACUCGGCUUGAUACCAGCAGGAUCUACCAAUGUAUUGGCACAUUCUCUUCAUGGAAUUUCUCAUGUGGUAACUGCAACUUUGCACAUUAUAAUGGGGCACAUACAACCAGUCGAUGUCUGCACCUUUAGCACUGCUGGCAAGCUUCUUCGCUUUGGGUUCUCUGCCAUGUUUGGCUUUGGUGGAAGAACUUUGGCUCUAGCAGAAAAGUAUCGGUGGAUGUCCCCCAACCAUCGGAGAGACUUUGCUGUGAUUAAGGCACUGGCCAAACUUAAGCCAGAAGACUGUGAAAUAUCAUUUUUACCAUUUAACAGCUCUACGGAUAUACAAGAAAGGAAGGCACAAGGAUCUCCCAAAUGUGACUGUGAUGAUCCCUGGCAGAUGAUCCAGGGUCAGUUCCUGAAUGUCAGCAUUAUGGCAAUUCCUUGCCUGUGUUCAGUGGCACCUAGAGGCUUGGCACCUAAUACCAGAUUAAAUAAUGGAAGCAUGGCUCUUAUAAUUGCACGAGACACUUCUCGGCCGGAAUUUAUAAAACACCUGAAAAGAUAUGCCAGUUUGAAAAAUCAGUUCAGUUUUCCAUUUGUUGAGACUUACACUGUUGAAGAAGUGAAAGUUCAUCCAAGGAGUAAUUCUAGCAGAUACAACCCAGAGAAGGGAGAUGCACCUCAUGAAACUGCUUCAGAAAACAGUUUCCCUUGGAAUGUAGAUGGCGAUUUAAUGCAAGUUGCAUCCGAGGUCCAUGUUAGAUUACAUCCAAGGCUUAUCAGUCUUUAUGGAGAAAGCAUGGAAGAAAUGUAUGAUUCCAAAGUAACAUGUAAUUGUAUAUAAAAGAAAUAGGCAAAUCAGAACUUUAAUAUGAAGGAAUAGGGCCAUGUUUUCAACAGAUACAACAAUAGAAAAAAGUUUUCCAUUUAUUUUUUUAAAGAAAUUACUAUUUUUGAUGUUACCUAAAAUUAGCCUCUCUAGGGCUUUAAAAAUCAAGAUGAAAAAUCUGAAAUACUGUAUUUUGCUGUGUAUAAUGUGCACCCGUGUUUUGGGCCCAAACUUUUGGAAAAAUGCCCCUCCAGACAAUGGUUGGCUCUUGGCAGCAGAGACACAUCUGGGGAGGGCUAACGCUCUCCUGGUAACGGUGUAGAUUGCCCCCGUCUCCUGCAACCUCCUGCUCUGUGAAAGCUACCCCUUUUCUCUCUUCCUGAUACCUUCUCUUCUCACUACGUUGGAGGCUAUCACUGAGAUAGCCACAUGCUGUGUGGCUAGUGGGGCAAGAGCUUCCAAGGCCACUUGGCCCAUGGGCAGUUAGGCAGAUCCAGGGGCCCAUGCUGGGCAGUCAGCCCUCCAUGCAGCUGGGUCUCUCGCUCGCUCCCUGCACAGCUGGGCUCACCUUGCCAGUCCUGCUACUGCCUCCUCCCCUGAUUGCCCUGCUUGACAGAGGCUGCUCCAGCCUGCUUCCGCCUGAUUCUGGAUCCUCCCGAAUUAGACCCCAUGAGCCCGGUGAGCCCAGGUGCAGCAGCCCCGGGAGGCCCACUGGGGUUCCCCACUCCUGAGUCAUACUAUCCAUGCAUAAUGCACAUCUUUAUUUUUCCCUCAAAAUUUUGGGUGAAAAGUGUGCAAUAUAUAAAUUCAAAUUCUGGUUUUUAGGAUGUGUCACUUGGAACUGAAAAUAAACUUAGGCAUCAUCAUGGUAUACCAAUAUUUAACUUAUAUAAUUCCAGAGUGAAAUAGUCUGGAUUCUUUUUUAGUUAUUGAGCCCAUCAAUUAAUUGUAAUGCUAAGUUUCCUAUAGCCUGGUACAAACAGACCACAGAGACCUCAUAAGAUUGCCCUAAUUUUGCUUGAUUCAGAGAGGUUAAAUUUCAAAAUCACACAGUUAGGGAUAAAACCAGAAAUAGUACCACUUUUUCAAAAUCUGUCCAAUACCUAGAUUACUUAUCAACAAAGAUAACCUAUUAUUAUCAUUAUUGGUGAUAAUGGUUCUAAGUUUGUCAUUUUAAAAAUUAAUCACAUAGGUAAUAAAGCUUAUACCAAAUUUUAUUUUGAACUAUAUAAAAUAUCCCCCUAAAUGUGCGAAACUUAGCCCAAUUUAUAUAUUGGAUGAUGAAUAAAAAAAAGAAUAAUAAAAUAAUAUCAUCAUAAAAGAAUGAUAAAAGAAUAAAUCUAUAUCUUUGCACAAAAGAAUAUUCUUUAAAAAUAUUGUAUAAAUUUAAUGAAAUGUAUUUCUUUUGGUACAUGAUGUUUAGGAUUAUUUAUUUCCUAUAACAGAUUUCAAAAUUCAGACACAGGCUUUCUUAUAAAGUCCAGAUAAAAUUAUAGUCUAUAAUUACCAGCAUCUAGAAGAUCAUAUGUAUGAAAUAAAUAUUACAAAAAUGACUAUUAGCAAAAGAAAAGUAUUUAAAUUAUUUAAAUCCAGAAAGAAGCUAUUUUAUUUUAAAAAGAACCUCAUAUGUGUAUGAACAAACUUUAAAAAUAUAUUUUAGCUAGCACUUAACAUUUCUUGGAAAUUUUGGCAUCUCAUUUAUAUUCACCAUAUACAUGUUAAAUCAGUAUUUUUCAGUUAAGUUUAUGAAUUCUGUUCCUCUAUCUCCAUGCAUAGAACACUUUUGUAAACCUGAUUAAAAAUACUUUUAACAUUUAUAUUUGAAGAGCAACAAAGAAAAACAUAAAGCACAUAUUUGUAUUUGCUUAAUUAUGGAUAGUCAAUAUUUUAUAUAGUAGCCAAUAUAUAGAGGGUAUUGCCCCUCUAAUUAUUCUUUUCCUGGCUCUGAUUUAAAAAAAAAAAAAUCAUUAGUGAGGUAAAAAGUCUUUGUAUUUUUUUAGAUCAGUGUAUAACAGCUAAAGUGCAAUAUUCACAAUCUGUUGUUUCAGAGUAUACAUUAAAAUACUUAAUUGCUGGUUUUUGUAAAUAAAACAUUUAAAGAUGGUUUUAAAAAAAUUACUCCCGGGUACUCUUGAUAAAGUUGUAUUAAUGAGGAUAAUGGAUUUAUACCUAUAUAAACACAGAUUCUUUUAAAAACUUAUGACAAUAAGGGGGAUAAAGCUAAUAGCUGUAUAAAGAAUAAUUACCGAGAAGUCAGUUCCAUAAGGACAAACCAGUGUAUAAAUUCCAUCUGAAGUUUGCUCAUUAGGCUUUUACUCUAUUGAAUAAACUGAGCGUUGGUGUAAAGCCCACAGGACAUGUAUUACAAGUAAAGGUCUUUAAAGAUGAAACUUUACUUUAGAAUGGUAAUGAUCCGCUUUCAUCCAUUAGAAAAUCUGGAAAACAGCCCUUUACUAAAUUCUACUAAAUGUUUCAAAUAUGCUCUUUAAAACUAUGCCUCAAAGAUGCGUUUCAAAUGUAAAUCAGUACCCAUUCAGUGGGAUUUAUUUUACCUAGAUGAGUACAUUUGGUAAAUAAUAUUUUCCAGAAAGGAAAGAUAUUUUUUAAGUCCAGGACUUCUCUAAUCAGGUUGUUUAAUUCUUUAAUAUGAUUUAAUUCGGAUGUGAUUUCAGUUUAAGAUAUCUUCAAGAGUUUGUUUUUCUUGAAUAAAUCAAAUGUGUUAGUGUUUUUCUAUCCAUUUAAACACUGAAAGCUUCUUUGGUUAUGUUAAGUCUUAUCGUUGCAGUUCUUUG